AUGUCUGCUGGGGGUAGAAAAAAGGCUCCGCAAUCGACCACAAAGUCAUCGACCGCGUCGACAACGAAAGGCAGCAUGCCACAGCGGAAGGUAUCACGAACCAACGACCAAGUCGCACCAACGACCGCUAGAAAGAUAAGCGUAGCUUCCAAUGCGUCAUCGCACUCAAGAAAGAUGUCCGCCGCUGCGGGGGUCAACCACGGAUCCGCGGCGUCUACUAAAAAGAAGCCCGGCGAAGGCGGAGAAGACAUGAUGAAUUUGAAACAAAGUUUUCAGAGUUUGAUGAUCGCCAAGCGCAUGGCGAGAUCGCUUCGUCAGCGGACGUCUCAACGACUCGCUGAUCGACGAGGAGUCAGCUUCGUGUCGUACAUGGAUCGUCCUCGCCGUCGAUCACCAAGCGCGAAGCACCUCCCACAGAUCGAAAACACGUACCAGCUCGAGCCUCGAGAGCUGUUCUCGAGCUAUGUCCGCGUCAUUCGUGACAUCAUAGAAAGCACGGUCGAGUCUCGACUCACCGGGAUGAAGUACGAUCCGAAGCUGUGUUCGAAGGAGGUGGAGGAGCUGUCAGAGAUCAUCAAGGAACGUGUGAAGACCCUCGACAUCGAUCGGUACAAGCUGAUUACCCUGGUACACAUUGGUAAGAUGCACGACCAGGGGCUGCAGGUUUGUAGCAGGAAUUCGUGGGACCCAGCCAGGGAUUCGUUUGUGAGUUACCGCUUCCAAAAUGCAUCCGUCUUCUGCGUGGCAACGAUUUACGGUGUCUACUUCGAAUGA